GGCGCGCCAUCAGACAAUCAAGCGCAGCAUCGCGCCCGGGUGCCUGGGGACGCCACCGGCCUCGGCGCGCGCGCGGGGCUCCGUUAUUUCCUCAGCAGUUUCAGAAGAACUCGCCAAAAGCUGUUAUGGCUCGCUGCAAUGUGUAGCUUUUUCCUGCCGUUUUUUUUUUCAAUAAUAAAAGAGGGAGUGAAGCUCACUCACUCUCCACCCCCCUCUCCCAAAAAGAGCCAAAUGGAUCCGAGAAGGGGGGAAAAAAAAACCCCAAACCACGCACACCAAUCUCGGAGGGGAUGCCAGUGAGGUGUGGCUUGUAUUUAAAUACCCAAUAUGUCAAUGUAAGGGGAGUGAGUGCGGAUGUAUAUAAAGUGGCGUUCGCCUGCGAUAGCCGGACACACCGAGGGAUGAAAGGCAGCCCGAGAUCAAGGCCCAGGGGCCCCGCCACUUUUGUUCCCAGCGCCGUGCAGCAGCCGUCCCAGCAGCGCGCUCCCCGCCGCCGUCGCCGCCGCUGAGCGAGCCGCCGAGCAGGUCCCCCGGCCGGCCAACGACUGGGGCCACCCGCCCGCCGGCCCAGAGGGAGGCCCGGAGACAGACAUUCACAGACAGAGAGCCAGCGACAGAGGCUGGAGCCGGGGAAGCAGGGAGCCAGCCAAACCGCAGACCCGCAGCCUCGCAGCUCCGCAGCCCUGCCUGCUGCCCUCCGCCCCCUGCUCGCCCUCCGCGCCGCUGGCCAGAGAGCCGGCCAGGCAGCCCACGGCGCACACACCCGAGCGGAGCGCGCACACGCUCACACACUCGCUCCCUUCCUCGCUCCCACUCUCAUUCCCACCCACCCGCCGCCCCCCCCCCCACGGUGGCCGGGGCCAUGGCCGAGCUCGGGGGGGCCCUGGGAGCCUCGCUGGACUGGGACGUGCACGGCUUCUCGUCGGCCCUGGGGAGCAUGCCCUUAGCCGACUCCCCGGGCUUCCUGACCGAGAGGCUGGGCCAGAUCGAGGGCAAGCUGCAGCGCGGCUCGCCCACCGACUUCGCCCACCUCAAGGGGAUCCUGCGGCGCAGACAGCUCUACUGCCGGACCGGCUUCCACCUGGAGAUUUUCCCCAACGGAACGGUGCACGGCACCCGGCAGGACCACAGCCGCUUCGGAAUCUUGGAAUUUAUCAGCCUGGCUGUGGGGUUGAUCAGUAUCCGGGGAGUAGACUCCGGCCUGUACCUAGGGAUGAAUGAGCGUGGCGAGCUGUAUGGAUCGAAGAAACUCACCAGAGAAUGUGUUUUCCGGGAGCAGUUUGAAGAAAACUGGUACAAUACCUACGCCUCCACCUUGUACAAGCAUUCGGAUUCCGAGCGCCAGUAUUACGUGGCUCUGAACAAAGACGGCUCACCCCGGGAGGGAUUCAGGACUAAGAGGCACCAGAAAUUCACCCACUUCCUCCCCAGGCCUGUUGACUCCUCCAAGGUGCCCUCCAUGUCCAGAGACCUCUUCCGCUAUAGAUGAUGUGCCUGGCUUCUGUUUCCCCCUCCCCUCCCCACCAGCGCUGGGCCAGUUAUGUCCUUGAGCUCUAUACUCAUAGCCUUUCAAGCCGUCCUUUUUAACAACUUCGAUAACAGAAGCACUUAAGUUGAACUCAA